AUGCGGUUUGGAAAGAAAGGAAAGUUGAGCCCCAGGUUUAUAGGUCCGUAUGAAAUCCUUGAGAGGGUUGGAAGUUUGGCCUAUCGUUUGGCGUUGCCCUUGGAAUUGGAGAGAGUGCACGAUGUGUUCCACGUAUCGCAGCUCAAGAGAUAUGUUCACGACCCAACUCAUGUCUUACCGUCGGAAGAGAUACCUUUGGAUGAGGACUUGACCUAUGAGGAAUGGCUGCUCAGAAUUCUGGAUUUCAAGACUCGGGACACUCGUAGGAAGUCUGUAAAGAUGGUAAAGGUUUGGUGGACGCAUCAUGGGGUUGAGGAAGCUACUUGGGAGCUGGAGUCCACCAUGUGA